AUGUUGCCCCAAUUGACCAGAAACAUUGCCAGACCACAGUUUGUGCGUACAUUCAGAACUUCGAUGCCUUCAUUUGUGGCAGCCGGAGAUAAGAUUCCAAGUACUACAUUAUUUGAAUCAUCGCCAGGCAAUAGCGUGAAUCUUGCAGAGGAAACAAGCAACGGUAAAUCUGUUAUCAUUGGUGUUCCAGGAGCAUUUUCACCAGCAUGUUCUGCAUCGCAUGUACCAGGAUUUUUGAGCAGAUUGCGUGAAUUCAACGAUAAAGGAUACCACAAGUUCUUUAUUGUUUCAGUUAAUGAUGCAUUUGUCAUGAAGGCAUGGGGUGGUCAAUUAUUAGGAAAUAUCGAUGGAGAUCAAAUUUCGUUUUUAGCUGAUCCUCAAGGCGAAUUUGUGUCUGCACUCGACUUGAAGUUUGAUGCCACCAAAGUGUUCGGAAACGAAAGAUCGAAGAGAUAUGCUUUGUUAGUUGAAGAUGGUAAGGUUACGGAGUCAUUUGUCGAGCCAGAUAACACCAGUGUUGAUGUUUCUGACGCUGAAAAGGUCUUAUCUCAACUUUAG